AUGCCAGACUCAACAACAAAACGUCCGCCAAGGAGUGCGGGAAGGCGCAGGCUCGAUGCACCCGACGCCAUACUAUCCGAGAAUCGGCGAAGCCAAAUUCGCCGUGCUCAAAGGACCUACAGAUUGAAGAAAGAAGCCAGUCUUCAACAAUCACAGAAACAAGUGGCAUUCCUCGAGAAUAAGAUGAAAAGAAUUGAAGAGUCGCUCGCAGAUUACAGAGUUAUCCUUCAGUCCAGCUUGCAAGACACACAAUGCGAGCUCCUCAGGGAUUUUGACAGUAUUCUAAGUCUUCUGGCGUCGUCCGAGGACUUUCUUCCGGGAACUAGUGUCGACGACAAUUCAUUGAGAGAAACCUCCAAGAAGUCUACCCUGCAGCCACGCAAGAACAUCCAGCCUGAUGAACAUGUCUCCAAUGAUACCAUUCAUGAUCAUCAGGUGAUUACUGAGUCAAGCUCCACAUACAUUGAAACGUCCCCGGAGAUCGAGGUCAAUUCAUACCAAGGAACCGGAGACAGGGUCCUUCGUGGAUCCCCAAUUGUCAUACAGGAACAGAGGGGGUUAGAUUAUAACCAACCCAUGGUGCAAAUCAUUGAUCGAUUUGGUGGAGCCAAUCCUCCUGAGUCUUAUUCAUUCCUGGAAAGUUCCUUCACUCGAAGACUCAAACGAUCCAGUCUAGAGUAUGCUUUCCGAAUAUUCAAUGAUACACGUUCUGAUCCGCUUGAGGUCUUCCGAGUAUUCAGACUUGUCCCGUGUUUCAGGGAUAGGGCAAAGAUGCACCCCUAUUUUAGGGACCUGGUCACUUCUGGACGAGACAGCUCAUUGGAGAUUUCUACACUACCAUUUUAUGGUAUUGGGGGAGCUGGAACUCAUUAUGCGACAAAAGAUUACGAAGGGAAUCCAAUUUACCCCCCGAAGAUGAGGCUCCCUCGAAGGAUCCUCGGUACUCUACCCAUGCCUGGGACCCCCGGUGACUCCAAUUCUGACCGCCAGACUCAGAGUAAUCUCGAACUUUGUGGGUUCGGCGGCCAGUGGUUUGACUGCCGUGAUGUAGAAGGAUACCUAAGAGAGCAAGGUGUAGACUUGGACGGGCCUGGUUUGUUUCCCACUGUGAAUAACUUGGCAUCGAGCCCCGGUCAAUCUGAACUUCAAUCUGGUUUAUUGGAGACUCAACGCAGAUUAUUUUCCGAAACCCAAACUGAACGAACGCUUCAAGUAUCCCUUGACAGAAUGAUGAACGUCACUCGUUUGCUCUGUACACUAUGGGGCAAACAUCAGGUAACGAUUGUCAUUGCUUUCAUCAGCUACAUAGCACUAGUGGGCCUCCUUCGAUACCGCCGCAUGACAAGGAUCCAGGCCCCAUUCGCACCUGGCAAGAAAGACUUGUCGGAGAUGACAGUCAAAGAGGCACAUGCUAUCCUGACCGAGUUACAAGAGCUCGAGUUUCCACAUGCUUUUGCUAAAGCUCGUAAAAUUGCCCUAUUGAAGGCUGGAGGUAUCCCAACUAUGUCCAAACUCUUUGCGGUUACAGGCCAAAAUAAUAAGCGGAAUUCGGGGAAGCGCGCUGUUGAUACGGAAAUCCUCUUGCGAGAGGUGCAGUCUAAACCAAGGGAUUCUGACCGCUAUUCGUCAGCUGUGGCCAGAAUGAAUUUUCUCCAUGCUCGUUACCGUCGUGCUAACAAAAUCACGGAUAAUGAUCUCCUCCAUACGCUGGGUGACGGUCUUGCCGAGAUCCUGAAUGUUGUUGAGAGAGAUGAAUGGCGCAAGCUUACUGACACUGAGAAGUGUGCCCUUGGUAUCUUCCACAAGAACUUGGGGGAAGACAUGGGUAUCCCAUUUGAUGUCCUCCCUUCAAAAGCCGAUGGAUGGAAAAAUGGCCUGCAUUUCGCGACCGAAUUGAUAGACUGGACAAUUCGGUACGAAGAAGAAGUGGCUAAGCCCACAGCAACGAACGAUCAAUACGUCCGAGUCUACGUCGAUUCAGCAUUGUCAUCGCUUCCUGGGUUCAUAAGAAUGACUGUGCGAAAAAUGCUGGGUAAUGACUUAGACGAUGUCAUGAGAAGGAGUCUUUGUCUUGAGUCGCCCGGCCUAGUCCUCUGGUUCCUACUGGCCUUCAUCCGAGAGGGACGAAAAAUAUUCCUUCGAUAUGUUGCACUUCCACGCUCUUCGUCCAGUGCUGUUAAAUUAGUGGACGACAUGCCAAACCAAGAGACCCAUCUAUAUAACUUUCAAAGAAAAACACUGCAGCCUUGGUACGUUAAACCAACUUUUUCGUCAAAAUGGGGGCUCGGUGCGAUGCUUGUUAGAGCACUAGGAGGAAAGGUGCCUGGGUCGCGAGGAGACCGCUAUCAACCAGGAGGAUACGACUUGAUGACAAUCGGGCCGGAGCCGCAAAAAGAGCACGGAGCAGAGGAGAUGAUAUCCGAUAUCGAGGUAAUAAAAGCAAGAGGUGUGACUACAUGUCCCUUCUCACAGGCAAAGGCAAAGUCGGGAUGA